CGUUUCAUAUUCUUAAAGAAAUGCUACGUUUUGCACCAAUAUAAUUUCUUUCGUGUCCGUCGAGUCUUAUCCCUGAUCAAAACAUACUACAAAGUGGCUACCUUGCCAGGAUCCACCAUGCCAAAGAAAACCGCGUCAGAAGAAUUUGAACCUGAACAACCCCCAAAGGGUUUUGGAACCCUCUGGACCCUGCUGUCUCGCUUUCUUUCCUUACUCUCCUCCGUAGUCAGAGGCGGGAACGGACAUGCUCCGCCCUCUCCGAGUCUGCCCAUACCGAAUAAGCUUGCCUGGGGGAACGCUUUCCGGCGCUGGGCUGCAGACGUCCAGGAAUACAUUGAAUUGUUUCCAGUUAAUGAUCGACGACGCGUCCUGCUCUCCCUGUUGGACGGCGAACCGAAGGGUAUCGCCCGCGAAGUGAUCCGGGCGGGCGACCCCAUGUCUACGAAUGCCUUCUCUCGACCGAACUGGAAACGGGACAUGAAAUUGAACAGCUCGGAGAUGUGCUACGUGAACACCAAUUUGGCCUGCUGGAGAAUUUUGCCACUAUUCGCCCACCCAGAGGCAGAUUUGAAAGCACCCGAGGGCUUCGCAGAUCGCAGCAAACACGGAGUCCAAGAUUUCCCGAAGGAUACCUAA